AAUCAGCGAUCAGUGGAGAAGGAACAGAAACACUUUCUAGGAUUUAUGAGGAGUUUGUUUCUAAACAGACAACAGAUCUUUGUGAUUCUUAUGGGGAUUUAUUUUUAAAACCGUAUUUCAGAAAGUGAAAGUAAAGUUCAGAUUGCCGGAGCUCAAAGAGUGAAAAUGGCUUCACAAUCUCAAAACGAAUAUAUUUGUCCUGUGUGCUGUGAAAUCUUUAAGGAUCCUGUUCUUUUAUCAUGUAGUCACAGUGUCUGUAAAGAGUGUCUUCAACAGUUUUGGAGAAUCAAGAAAAUUCAGGAGUGUCCUGUAUGCAGGAGAAGAUCCUCAAAUCAACAUCCUCCUCUUAAUCUUGCAUUAAAAAACUUGUGUGAGUCAUUUCUGAAUGAAAGAAAGGAAAGGCGUACAUCAGGAUCUGAGGAGAUCUGUAGUUUACACAGAGAGAAACUCAAUCUCUUCUGUCUGGAGGACAAACAGCCAGGGUGUUUACUGUGUAAAGAUUCACAACAACAUGACAAUCACAAAUUCAGACCCAUCAGUGAAGUUGUUCCAUCAUAUAAGGAAGAACUCAGUAAAGCACUGAAGCCUUUACAAGAUAAACAUAAACACAAUGAAAAAAUGAAAGGAGAGUUUGAAAAAACAGUUCAAUACAUUAAGUCUCAAGGUGAGCACACAGAGCUUCAGAUUAAACUGCAGUUUGAGAAACUUCAUCAGUUUCUCAGACAUGAAGAAUCAGCUACAAUCAUUGCACUGAAGAAGGAAGAGGAGCAGAAGAAGCAGAUGAUGAAGGAGAAGCUGGAGGAGAUCAACAGACACAUCUCAGCUCUUUCACAGACAAUCAAAGACACGGAGGAGAGGAUGAGAGCCAGUGAUGUCUGUUUUCUAAAGGAGUUUCCAGUCUCAAUGGAAAGAGUCCAGAUCUCACAGCCGGAUCCACAGACACCUUCUGGAGCAUUGAUUAAUGUGCCAAGAUACCUGGGAAACCUGUCCUUCAGGGUCUGGAAGAAGAUGCAAAAAAUUGUCCAAAACACUCCUGUGAUUCUGGAUCCAAACAGUGCAAAUCCAUUUCUCGUCCUGUCUGAUGAUCUGACCAGUGUGAGACGAAGUCAGAGCAAACAACCGCUUCCAGAUAAUCCAGAGAGAUUCGACGAAUAUUGCUGUGUUUUUGGUUCAGAGGGUUUCAACUCAGGAAAACACCGCUGGGAUGUGCAGGUUAAAGAGAGUUCAGACUGGAGUGUUGGAGUAACUACAGCAUCAAACAAAAGAAAGGGACGUGAUUUCUUCAAGACUGAUGUCUGGUGUGUGUUGUAUGGACUGUUUGUGGGGUCUGGUUUUCAUGUUAAACAGAAGCUUGAGCGUGUGAGAGUGGAUCUGGACUAUGACAAAGGAAUUGUUUCUUUCUCUGAUCCUGUGACUAACAGACAUCUACACACAUUCACAGCCAACUUCACUGACACUGUCUUGCCAUUUUUUGAAUUUUCUUCCUCUCUUAAGAUCUUACCAAUCAAUAGUAAGUGAACAUUACACCUGUUGGUCUGGAUGUGUCUGUUUUCAUCAUAUUUCAGUAUUUAUUUGGCACCACUUUACAAUAAUGGAACAUGAAUAACCAUGUACUAAUACCUGAUUCAGUACAUACUUCAACAUCGACUCAUGAUUAGU